UUAUUUUUUUCUUUUACUAAAUAAUUCUAAUUUUUAAUAAAAAAUUAUAUUUAUUUACCUUUGGUGCAGGCGUUGGUUAUACUAUUAAAAGAUCUUUUAUUUGUAGAAACUUGAAAAAUGAAUCACUGUUCUAUUCAACAAAGCAACUUUGCUGCUUGUGAAGAGAUGAGGCGUUCUUAUUCAUCCAUUUCCGAUAAGAAAGACGCCGUUGUUUGCCCAAAACCUCGACGUAUUAGCCCUACGAGACCUCUCAGAUGGCAUGUCAGCCAUCAGCAAGACCUUUGUGAUUCAAGAGCUGGAGCUGAUUUAUUGGAUAUCAUCCUCACAAAGGGUGAUGGUAGUAGUGUGGAUCAAUCAGCAGCAGCUCAAGUAGCCUCGUCGCCCCCAUUUUUUUGUGGGUCACCGCCGAGCAGAGUAUCUAACCCAUUGAUUCAAGAUGCCCGAUUCUGGGAUGAGAAGGUCACCCCACUAUCCCCACGGGCAAUACCAAUUCCCUCUGGAUUGGCUUCGUCCCCCUCAACAUCAUCCGCCAGAAAAGGCGGAUGUGUGAGCAGGGCGAAUUUUGGCCAUAAUCCAGCAGUGAGAGUUGAAGGUUUCGAUUGCCUUGACAGGGAUCGUCGUAAUUGCAGCAUCCCUACUUUGGCUUAAGAGAAAACAGUACAUAGAGAGAGGAAGAUUUUCGUCGACUGAGAAACUAAGUAAAAAGAUCCUUUUGCCUAGUGUAAAUAAGUUCAAAAGGAUCUCUAUGUAAGUAAAAAAUGUAAUAUAGUGUCUUUUUGUCUCUGUAAGUAAAUGAGAGUCGUUAUUAACAAAGUUAUUAGAGUCUAAUUAGGAGUAAUUUAAUGGUUUCUUGUUCAAAGAGAUUUUGUAAAAAAUGAGAAACGAAAAAUUAGUUGUUGAGUGGAGUUAUUGUAAAAUGUGUAUGAUAUGUAUAUAAAAAUUCCGUUUACGGCUU